AUGGCCGCCCCCGGCCCCCUCGAGAUCGCAUCGACCAUCCAAACCGCCUCCAUCCAGCGCGACCCCUCCCCACACCACGACAUCAACCCCUCCACCGCCGCCAGCACCCGCGAGCCCGUCCGCAUCCACCGCACCUCCUCCGACACCUCCUCCGACGACGACGAGGAAGUCCCGCUCUCCGCCCUGCACCCGGCCCCGCGCCCGCGCGGCCGCGGCGGGCCCGGCCACCACCACCUCCCGCCGCUGCCGGACCUGCGCUUCGAGCAGAGCUACCUCAAGAGCAUCGAGCGGUGCGAGUCGGCGUGGGGCGUGGCGUACGUGACGCUGCGCGACCAGCUGCUGCUGCCGCUGCUGCAGGGCACGCUGUGGACGCUGCUGCUGAGCGGCUGGCGCCACUGGAACCGCGCGUCGCAGCUGUCGGGCGCCGGCGUCGGCGCGCGCGUGCGCCGGUGGUGGUGGCGCGUCAACGACUGGAAGAUGUCGGCGCUGCAUGCGAAUACGACCGAGGCCGUGGCCGAGCAUGUCAAGGAUUAUUAUGUCAGCGAGUUUGCCAAUGCAGGCGCCGAUUAG